UUCAGUAUAUCUAGUACAUAUUCCUCAUCUUCAUAAGGGUUGGGUUGGAACUGGCGACGGUGGGGAUGCCGGCAGUCAGAAUACCGAUGGCGGUAUCCCGACAGGGGGAUGAUAAGUAUACUUACCUUCUCCCCAUGGCCCCCUUACCCUCCCUUCCCGCAACCUAAACCUAAUACCUCCCCCCCGCAGCUUAACCCUAACCUUCCGUGGUAGCGCCUGAACCUAACCCCCCUCUUUUUGCAGCCUAAGCCUAACCCUCCCGCAGCCUAACCCUAACCCUCCCUGGGGUCACCCAAACCUAACUCCCCCCCUCCCCGCAGCCUAACCAUAACGCUAGUGGUGACUUACCUGGUUCGGCGGGUCCGGUGAAUCUGAUCCCUUCUGGCGUUGUGUCGCUUACCUCUAACUCUCCCCCUAGUGUCUAAUCCUAACCCUACCCCAGGUGAUUAACUCAAACCGUUCCCUCUUGUAUCCUUACCCUAAUACUCCGGUGCCGCGGCCUAACCCUAACCCUCUGGUGCUGCAGUCUAACCCUCUGGAGCCGCUGCCUAACCCUAACCCUCUGUGUAGCUACUGCCUAACCGUAUCCCUCUGGAGCCACUGUCUUACCGUAACCCUCUGAUGCCUCAGCCUAACCCUCCGGUGCCGUAGCCUAACCCUAAACCUCUGGUGCUGCAGCCUAACCCUAACCCUCUGGUGCUGCAGCCUAACCCUAACCCUCCGGUGCUGCAGUCUAACCAUAAACCUCUGGAGCCGCUGCCUAACCGUAACCCUCUGGUGCUGCAGCCUAACCGUAACCCUCUGGUGCCUCAGCCUAACCCUCCGGUGCUGCAGUCUAACCCUAAACCUCUGGAGCCGCUGCCUAACCGUAACCCUCUGGUGUUGCAGCCUAACCGUAACCCUCUGAUGCCUCAGCCUAACCCUCCCUCCGGUGCUGUAUCCUAAGUCUGUCCAUAACCCUCUGAUGCCUCAGUCUAACACUCUGGUGCCGCACCCUAACCCCAUUCAUCUGGUGCUGCAGCCUAACCCAGUGCCGCUACCUAAUACUAACCCUCCGGUCUGUGCAGAAUGUCAAUAUUUCACAUGUUGACUUUGUAAUCAUGUCUACAUUCUGCAGGUGUGGACAUGUUCAAUGUCAACAUUUCAACAGUGCCAGCAUCAUAACUGUCGACAUUGUUGCAUCAACAUUAUGAUUGCCGGCAUUGUAAUCGUUGGCAUUAUGACGGCACCCCAUAAAUUCCCCCAUUCAGCACAAGGAGCUCUAUACUACUAUAGGUUUUAAACUGAAAGUUAUAUGUCAUGUCUCCAUUUCAAGAACAAGUUAAUAAGAAGCAUCUAGAGUAGAGAAAUACGCUGACAGGGUGAUAUCCGUCUACUAUGUAAGGAAACGUUCUCACCAAUCCCAGGGCUGCACCUUCCUUUGUAUCCUUAUCGCACUGACAGUAGCGGCUCCUGCCACGGGCAAGCAGGACUUUUGACCGGAGCGCCGCUGUCCCGUGGCCGCCGCCGCCGUGGCAAGAGCCGCUAAUAACUAGGAUGGCAGUGGCUAUGAAAAGGUCCUCUCCGCGCAGUGAGGUAGCAUCUAGUUUCCCUUCGCGGAGAGGACCUUUCUGUGCGGCGUCUCUCCCAUAGAUCAGAGGAGCGGUGCCGGCAGCGGAGACAGAGUGCAGUGGUCAGGAAGCAGGUACGGGGCUGUGCUCUGCAGCUGGCAUACGUCCAAAGCGGAGGGAGUGACCCGGCUGUCCUGGCACAGAUGAGGGACCUGCAGGCCGAGGUUUUAGCGUUUGAAGAGAUGUCCCACAAACAGGAUCGGAGGGAGAAGAAAAAGAAGCGACAUGACGGUGCACCGCGGGUGCUGGAUGUGGAGCUGAUGGCGGUGGAGAUGGAGAACCAGCGUCUAGAGGAGGAAAUCUUUAACUUGAAGCUGCAGCGGACUAGAAAAAAGACAGAUCACGGGGACUCGGAGAUCUAUGAGAUGCAGCGGGAGCACCUCCAGCAGAUGGCCCAGCUCCAGGCCGACAUUGAGCUCCUCAGGCGGGACGUAAGGAUGCCUCCUCGGGGUGGCCAUGGACCCCCACCCUUCCAGCCUCCUCCCAUGGCCCCACCGCUGCCCCCACCCAUAGACCCCUCUAGGCAGCCACCUCGAAGACCUGAGCCGACCAUUGCCAUGGGUGGUCUGGAUUCUAUGCGUCCUCUGAGUCCCACAGGAAACAGACAUUUAAUGGAGCCUCUCGAUGCUUUGGGACCUGCACCAUAUGAUCCAGUAGCCGGGUUUGUCAUAUUCUACGACUUCAUACUGGGGUUGGAGCCAACGUACCAGAAGGUGCGGCUGCUGAGCGGCCUGUACAGCAACGGGCACAGAAUGGGCCAAUCAUCUGCCCUCCCUGACUCCCUGUGUGAGAUGUGGAAUCCUUCACAGCAUAUGGCAAAUGCUUCCCGGGGAAACGUAUCAAUGUUGAGUGCCAAGCAGCCGAUACCCAGGGUCCGGCCGAGCUCCUCCAUCGCUCUAGUUAUGGAGCUUCAAGCUGCCGGAGGUUUUAAUCUGUACGGUCAGGAAGUUCAACACAUGUCUCCAUCCGGAUGGACAAAGCUGGACCUGUUCGAUCAUAAUAAUCAGGUUCUAAGUGGCCGAUGGAAGCUGCCUGUGAGGGCGUUACCACUCCGGCCAGGCCUGAGCAUGGGACAGCUCAACACAGUUCCACAGGUUGGGAAGGCAGAACUUUAUCUUCGUGUUAUCAAUGCCAGGGACGCUGAACUCCAGUCAAUGGCAGAGAUAGAUCCCAGGAAUUCCUCGCGCUACCACUAUCCUCCAAUGAUGCCGGGUCCAGCCGUCUCCAUCAAUGAUAACCCAGCGCCAUUUCCGGCUCAACAACCCCCCAACUCAUUUUACCUAUCCUCUUACACCGAUUAUGUCGAUCCACCUCCAGUCCAAGAAUUACCAAACCAGCAGAUUACCAGUCAGAGAGAUAACGGUAUGGCAGAGAAAGGCGACGUAGAAGGAGGGGACAGAUUGGGAUUUAUUAUAGACAGAGUUACGGACGCUCCCCCCGGCGAUGCGACACUGCGACUGACCGGAUAUCACAUGGGCACCGGUCGGGUGAUACACACCCAAAGGAAGGGGAUGAGUUGUAUUGUAUCUGCCGUCAGCUCCAGCAUCCAACAUGGCUACUUCAUCUUUGGAGAACAAGAGGCAAUAUUCAGCAACGUCUCUCCUAAAGAAGAUAUGCUCCUACUGCUGCGGUUCUACCAUUGGCCGGGGGGCAGCGCAGCCUGGGCUCCAUGGCAGCAGAGGAAGAGCCUCCAGCCAUUACUAGCCAGUGAGGAGUGGGCUGCGGCUUGGACAGUUGUCAGACUCACCAGACCAGCAUCACAUGACCCAGGAGCAGAUAUUGCUGAUCCCAGGAACCGCCAGCUAGUGUGGGACACUGGGACACAUGACCUCCCCCUAUACCACAGCCCAGCACCCCCUGUGCUAAGUCUGUCUGCCAUUCGCCAGGACAGAUAUGAGGAGCUAUUUGAGCCCUACGGAAGCGCCAGGGUUCGUUUUUGUGUAUUUAGUUCAACAAGACCUGAUUUCCCGUUCCCUCCGGAUUCCCCAAACAUAGACAGUAACAGCAAAGUGGCUCCAGAGGGUGUGUAUAUCCCACGUUCCCGGAGGAAACCCAUUACAGAGCCUUACUCCUCCAGUAAUGACAUUAUUACACUCUUCAUCGAUGGCGCGCGGUUUCUGCCUGAUGCGGUCACAGUCACUCGUGUGACUGGGAGAAUAUUCAACAAAAACUACGACCAAAUUGGACCUGACAUCUGCACCAGGAUAGAUUUAAACAGCGACAUAUUUAACCCCUUCUACAACUACUCCGUACAGAUCAACGCACCCAGCCUGCCUCCUACCUCCACUCUGUUACUGAAGGUUUACACAGUUGACCGAUUCACGCGGGAUUUGUCGCUGGUUGGUUGGGCUGCUGUUAAUCUGUUUGUAGAGUCUGGAACCCAGAGGGUCCCCAAAUCGGACUCAGCGGGAGCACAGGUUUCCCUAAAUGAAGGGGCUCACCAAAUCCGUGUGUACCACAGAUCCCCUCCUACUGAUCAGCCCUUCUCCGUGGAGUCACUGACCUCAUCAGGAUGGAUGGUGCCGUGUGCUACUUUACUAGUCCGCAUUAUGAAAGCUACUAAUGAUAACAGCCAAGAUCAGGAUGGAGCUGUGCCGAUCAUCAAACAGCAUCCUGACUACUUGAUGGGAGUUUAUCUUUCAGACACAGCUCAGCCCACCCAGGGGGAAAUUCUCCUGUACAGAGCAAUGAUGAAGAGGUCAGUGAUCCAGGUGAGAGAAGUGGUUCCCUUGCUGGCCGGCAGCGCUGGACAGAGACUGGUCUCAGAUGAGCAGCUCUCUGGUUGGGUGCAGGAGACAUUUGCGGAGAUGAUGAAAGAAGUCCCCCGUCCCUUCCGUCUGUCCUGUGUGUCUCAAUAUAAUGUCAUGUCAGGAAUAAAGGUUUCGCUUGACGCUGCCCACAAUUUGCCGUGGUCGGGUUUCACCUUUGCCCAUAUUUGCGUCAACCCUCCAGCUGCCUUUUAUUAUGGGCACCUGUGGACUACGUAUGACCGCCCUGUCUCCGUGGAUGACAUUGACUUAGAUAGUGAUCAGAAAUGCCCCGUCUGGCAGGAUGGGUUCAAGACCUUUACCCGCAGAAUCUUUCAUAAACAUAUGACAGUGAUAUUCCACCUGCAUGAGGUCUGGACCAAAGAAAUAGAAGGUGGCAGCCCAGACCCUAAACAGUCCAAGCCGGGGUCCUCAGCAGUGGAAGAAAAUCCAUUAGCGUUUAGUCCAGGGUCACAGGCUUGGACAGCUCUGAGGGUCUUUUACAAAAGCUAUUGUAACCUGGGGGUUUACCAGCUGCCCCUGUACCAAGGAACGCCCAGCCUGACAGUGUUACGUACAUUGAGAUCCGCAGACUGUGCUGCAAAGUUACGGGAACUGGAGCAGAUGGAAAUGAUCAAGAGGGUGCCUGCAGCAUCACUGACUGUCCGAAUAGCAGAUGGGCGACGCCAGGAUGAGCUGGCAGAGUACGGGCCACAGGAUAUAAUUCAGAGUUACCUGACAGCUGAUAGCCUUGACUCAUACGCUGCGCAGCCGGGAGGAAGAAAGCUAUCCGAGCUUAUACCAGCCCAGCAUGGAGACGAGUUCCAGAAGCUCCUAGUGAAGUGGUACAGAAAGAAUGUUAUCGGCUUCAAUGACUGCUGUGACCCACAGAUGAUGAGACUCCUUUACAUUAUUUGGCCUCCUCCGACCGCACACCGGCUACAGAGGAUACAGCGGACCACAAAGCAGACACUGCCUUGGCAGACCAGCCAGAGAAGCCGCCCACGAGCAGAAUACCCCAGCAGGAAGCUAACGUAUAAUGUACAGUCAGUUACAUUACAGACAGUGGUUGGAUCUCUCGCUGAUAAAGAAAUCGCAGUCAGAUUGGGGAAUCACAACAUGAAACAAAGUUCCAUCAAACCAGUAUCAGCCUACACUAUGCCCCGCCUUGCCUCACCUUCCGCCUCAUCAUUCAGGCUGUGCAUAUUCUUACGGUGUUGUUAGUUAAAUGACAGUUGUACAGUUUUCAAAUAUUUUCUCCAUAAUCCGUAAUUCUAACCAGGGUAAUUUGCUGUUUCCGCUGUUUGGCCACAUCUAUUGGAUGCAUGUAGUUACAGAGUCUCCUUUAAACCACCUGGGAUUUUAUGUUCAUGCAUAAGAUUGUUAUUUGUGAUAUAUCAUGCCAUACAAUGGGGAUCAUUCCGAGUUGAUCGUAGCUGUGCUAUGCUAAAUUUAGCACUGCUACGAUCAUUCACACUGACAUGCGGGGGGACGCCCAGCACAGGGCUAGUCCGCCCCGCAUGUCAGUGCCGGCCCCCCCGCAGAAGUGCAAGGGCAUAGCACAGCGGCGAUGCCUUUGCACUUCGAGUAGCUCCCGACCAGCGCAGCUUUAGCGUGCUGGCCAGGAGCUACUCAUCGCUCCCCAGCCCGCAGCGGCUGCGUGUGACGUCACGCAGCGGCUGCGGCCCACCCCCCGUUCGGUCCGGCCACGCCUGCGAUGGCCAGACCGCUCCCACGAAAUGGCGGCCAAACGCCGUCGUUCCACCCCCUUCCGCGCAGCGAUCGCCUCUGCUUGUCAAUCAGGCAGAGGCGAUCGCAGCCCUGCUACGGCCUUCGGCCGUCUGCCAUGCGCCGGUGCGCAGUAGGAACCCGUUCACUCGGCUGCGACAAAAAGCAGCGAGCGAACGGGUCAGAAUGACCCCCAAUAUCGGUUGUCACUCUUAGUAAGUUUCCGUCUACCUCGUAAGUGUCUAACUUUGACUGUUCUCCUAAUAGUUGCUUCACGUUUGUUUCCAUUUUCAGUACAUCCCAAAUGUAAGUGACGUAGCGUGCAAAAGGUAGGAACCAAUCUGGUCAGCCCUAAUAAAUUAGGGUAAAGGAGUGGAGCUCUAUUUUGUUAUACGCCUGCCCUUAGCAGGUAAAGGUACCCUGCAUCAUCACCAGUAGGACAACAAAACAUUUAUAUCAUCUAUAUAACGUAAGAACAGUCUCAGGUCCUAUGAAAAAAUUUAUUUUAUUGAUACGUGGACAUUACAGUCUAGAUAACACCCAGGCUGGAUCAUGCAUUGUAAGGAUAGUUUAAAAGUGCAGAAAACAUUCUUUGUCAGCCAAUAAGCCGCUAAUGAAAUGGUUUGGGUGGAGUGAUUAUAGAGCUAUCACCAAGAUAACAGUUACUGUGGCUAAUGUAUCCCUGAAUCUCUUACCUCUCUAGGGGAUGUGAUUUUAGCUUUCAGCCUGUUUCUGAUUGAAAAUAUUAAUAUUGGUUCUAUAUACGUCAAGCUACACGACUUUCAGUGUGGAUCUAUGUCUUACAGCAUGUCAUUGAUCUUGUUCUGAGUUAUUUUUCUCUCUGUAUUCAUGUCCUGAUGUGCCUUGUCCCUUUGAAUUUUCCUUGCCCCCAGCCUCCUUUAGUUUUCAUUUAUUAAUGUCUUAUCUGUAUUAUAUGCUAUGCUCAAAACUAUUUUCUGUCGUGCAUGUUAUUGUAUUUUUAUACUAUUUCAAUAAAAAUAAGAUUUUGAAGAAAAAAAAAAGGUGCAGAUCCAAACCGUACUCUGAAGGGGGCCCAUACAUCUGCAAUUAAUUGGGGCAAUUUCCCAUUAUGCAGGUGACUGGGUGGUGGGAUCGUCAAAAUCCAAAAUCUUAGUACAAUCUUGAUAAUCGGAAUCAGCAAGUUGGAAAUUUUCAACAUAUAGUAUUUUGCUGAUCCCAGAGAAAUCGCAAUUAUCGGUCUCUGCAGAUUGGAUUGCUGAUCAUGGGAUCGGCAUUGAGGAAUCGCACAGAUGGGCCUGGGACAUACAGGUAAUAACACCUAAGCCUCUGUGUCAUAACCUCAAGAUGCAAUAUUGAGGAACCACAAAGUCUUGGAAUUCCAGACUAAAAGAUUUAUUCUGUAAGUCUGAAAUCAGCGCUUGGCUCACCUUGGAAACCAGCAGCGAUUGGAACAUAUCAAACAUUUCCAAUUCUGUGUUCGGUUAGUAACUGCUGUUAUUUCACCUGUUGAGGGAACUUUGGAAUUUUCGGAGCCAAGACUCCCCAAUAACUCCAAAAGUGUUUCCA